AUGGCGGUUUCCGAUUUAACGCAAGAGCUACAAAAAGAUACGUACAAACCACCGACGGCGUCGGACGUUGAGGAGAAAAUCCACGAGGUUGUUCUCAUCGCCUUGGUGGACAUUUUCAGCGAUUGCCGAGAUUUGGCGAUUCGAGCGUUGCCGACGCUUUUGAAAAAAUCGACGAAAGAGGCGAACAAAAAGACGCUGCAGAUUUUGUGCGAAAAGAUCGCGCCGACGGAGAAAACGUUCGGACCGCACGUAGAUAAGGAAGAAAGGAGUCGACACAAGGAAAGCGCGUCGGUGGCGUUGAAAACGAUCGGCGUGGAGGGGUAUUCCAAGGAGGUUUCGAAAGAGUUUUGCGGGAAGUGCGUGCCGUUCUUCGACCGAGUGUUGGGAGACGCGAAUAAAGCGACGGUGCACGACGACGCGACGGAGAUUUUGCAGAUUUUGUGCGAAACGAAAGCGGAGUUUGUGGAGGCGAAAGACGUCUCGUCGUUGAUUCAAACGACGAUAUCGAAAAUAGAAGACAAGACGUACGGGCAGACGAGUAGAAAGAGAUGCGCGGGGAUUUUAGCAUCUUUGAGUCGCGCGGCGAACGCGAAAGAAUUAGCUGAUGUUGUCGAGAAGACAGCGGCGAGAUGUGAGAAGGCAUUAGCGGAGAAAGAUGUGAUUGGGUGCGAGUUAGGGGCGUUUACGCUCGGGAUGAUUGCCUCGAAAGACGGCGGCGGGAAACGCUUGGUGGCGGAAAGCGCUACCGGUGGCGGCGGCGGUGCGAAGAAGACGAAAAAAGGCGGAGCAAAUGGAAGUUUGGCAUCGAAGACGGUCGUUCCGGUUUUGUCCAAGCUUUGUACCACGUUGGUGGAGAAGAUGGAGAAUAACGAGGAAGCCGAUGAGGCGUUUGCAUCCAUCGCGGAACAAUCGCUCAUGGCGUUGGAAACAAUCUGCGGGCGAUUCGGGGAAGUGACUUCGAAAUCAGCCAAGGAGAAGCAACUGGAGGAAAUUUUACAAAUGGCGGUGAAGUUGUUGACGUACGAUCCAAACUACGACGACGAUGAGGAGGAGGAGGACGACGUCCCGGCAGAUGAGAUGGAAACGUGCCAAAUCCGAACACCCGAUCACACGAUGAAGGAUGCGGAUGACGAGUGCGAGGACGACAACGACGACGACGACGACGAUGCGUACGAUGAAGAUUAUUACUCGGACGAAAUAGAAGACGACGAUAGCUGGAAAGUUCGCAGAGCUUCUGCGAGAGUUGUGGGCGUAAUUUUGUGCUCCGCGUCCGAAGGUAUCCUCCAAAGACACCACGAAGUCGUGUUCAAGAAAUUCUUCAAAAGAAUGAAAAGUGACCGCGAAGAUGCCGUAAAAUUAGAAUGCUUCGACGCUUUGACGGCAGCAUUUGCCGCGUUUCCAAAGACUUGCGAGAGCGGUUUGACGCGCGCACUCGUCGAAAAAGCGCGAGACUUAGCCAUUGUCAGAGCACAGCAAGAGUGCGCGCUCGAAAAAGCGAAGAAGACGUCUCAAUCUGCAAUCGCAGCGGCAACGAAACGCAAGAUCGCGUCGCUGAAACUUCUCGGAAAGAUUGGUCGCGCAAACAGAAGAUUAGCUUUUGUUGAAGCGUCGGAGAUAUCGCGCUCGAGACUCGCGGAUGCUAUUGCAGGCGCCGCGGUGACGACUUUCACGGACUCGGGCGCUUCGAGCGAAAAGGAUUCCUCCGCAAACCUGCGACUCGAAGCCGUCGCUUUUGCAUCCGAAGUGCUCCGCGUGCCUACCGCAGACGAGCUCGAUUCAACAAACGGAGAUGCUCUCGCAUCGGCAGCGCGAAUUGCGUUCGCAAAAAAAGAUAUCGAUAGGCUGACGGAGGCUGUAUUUUCCUGCGCGAAUGACCCCUACUACAAACUCGCCGCGGAAGGUUUGCGCGCGUCUGCGUGCAUAGUUCGCAGAGCGCGUCCAAAUACGAACGACGCCGUUCAAGAUAAAGAAAGUUGCUCUGUGCUAGCGUCAGGUUCUCUCGAACGCGCGAUAUCGCGCUUGUCUCAGCAAGACGAGGACCAAGAAGUUAAAGACGCCUCGGUGACGCUCCUCGGCGAUGUCCUCACGCACUUGGGCGAUACGUUGAAGCCAGCUCAGCAAAAGCAAGCGCUCGAUUUGUUAUUGGAAAGAAUGCAAGCUGAAUCGACGAAAUUAGUUGCAACGCGUAAUGCCGCGAAAGUUGCACGACAUUCACCCGCUCAAGUCAAUCUUUCUGGAGUCGCCGGGGAUGUGAUUCGUGAGUUUGCUUCCUUUCUUCGCAAGAACGAUCGACAUUUACGCGAAGCUUCGAUAAACGGCGCGCGAGCGCUCGUGGAGAGAAGCGACGAGAAAACUCUGAAGGAUGCGGAUUGCGUGUCGUUUGUGGAGGAUGCGGUCACUGAGCUCGGUGGCUUCGUUGAAAACGACGCGCACUUGGCGGCUAUGUGCGUCAACGCCUUCGCGGCUAUAUGCGAACGGUGCGCGAAAUUGAAAAAUUCCGCGAAGAAAGCAUCUGAAUCUGAACCCUUAGCAAACGCGUUAAAGUUCGUGAGUUCGAGUUUGAUUCAGAGGCAAGCGUUACUGACGCUAGAGAGAUACUUUGAAGCUGCGGUUGUUGCCAGGAAGGAAACGUUUGAAGUCAUCUACAACGAGUUGUCAUCGAUUUCCACCGUGUCACCUAAUGACAUGGAAACGGACGAUCAAGCCAUGGUUCGCAUGCAGCAACAAGAUAUCGCGUCUGUUAGGUUAGAAAUGAAAAACCGCGCCGCGUGCAUCGCGAGUGCCACUCUAGCGGCUGGCGAUAAAAUCAUCAAGAGCACCAUAGCAACGCUUAUCGAGGAAAUCAGCGAUAAAGAUGGUAAAAGACAAGUCAUCUCGCUUUGGACGCUCGGUGAAAUCGGGAAACGAACGAAACUCGACGAUUCCAACGGCAUCGAUAAUACUUUGUGGAAGAAACUCGAAGAAGACAACACGGACGAAGUGAAGACGGCGGCUGCGUUUGCGUUGGGAAGCUGUGCUGUUGGUAAUAAAGACGCUUUUUUACCAAAGAUUCUUGAAACCAUCAAAACCACGAAGAAAGGUGUCCAAGAAAUCUUGAAACACGGCGCACUGCGCGCACUUCGCGAAGUCAUCAUUGGCGCCGACGGUUCCUCGGAAGAUGGCGUGCUCGCUGGAGAAUCCUCGAAAAUGGAGUACAUGAUGUCGCCAAGGAAGAAACGAGUGAAACGAGAAGACGACGAUGUUCUCUUCAAGUCCACGCAACAGGCAUGGGCCGUCGUCCUUGCAAAAGCGCGCGACGAAGAUUUGAAAGACGAUGCUGUCAAGGCGGACGUCGCGGAAGUUCUUGGUCGAUUUGUCGCGAGAAACCACUCGCUUGUUAAGGAAAUCGAGGAAGCGUUGAAUUCAAUCGUCAAGGGCGCGAAAACGCCCGAAAACGCGACAAAAGCUGCUUUGCUGGUCGAUGCCGUUCGGUUUGCGCUGGUAUCGUUGCCGAAAGCAGAGCAUUUCAAGUGUUCUUUAGAGUCGUUUGUCGGAUUGGUCAAAGACGCGGACCAUAAUUGUCGUCGCGCCGCGCUGCAGCUCCUCUCCGUCAUCGGUAGAAGAAACAGUUCACAAAACGAAGAUUUAUCGCCUUUGUUGGCGAAAGUCUUGCCAGACGUGCUCUCUCAGCUCCAAGUCAACGAUGCCUUGAUCAAAGAAAUUGAUUACGGACCGUUCAAACAGAACUUCGAUUACGGUUUGGAACUUCGAACUGCGGCGUACGAUUUCAUCGACGUCCUCUUAACGCGCCCGAAGAGUUCCCUUGGAUUUGCAAUCCCCGAAGACGAUAUUGAAUCGAUGGUUGACACGAUUGUCAUCGGAUUAAAAGAUCCGGAGAGGAGCAUCAGGAUGGCUGUGCACGCCACUUUUGAAAAGCUUUGUCGAGAUUCUGUUCCGAACGGAGCUGAGAACGUCGUAAAGAAUGCCGACAAGGUAUGCGAACUUUUGUUAGAAACGAUGUGGACGACAGCGAACGAAAAAGCUGUGCAACACGAAAAAGAUCAGGUCGACGAGCUCGUCAAAUCGGCGUUGAAAGUCGUAAAAGCUAUGGAAAGUAUUCCCGACGUGGAAUCGUACUCGAAAAUCGUCGAAACGAAGAAAGAAAUCGUCGAUGAUGCGCCGCUUGCCAAGUUAUGGACAGGAAUGUACGACUCGCCGCCUCACGAAAUUUAA